AUGGAGGAGAAGGAGAAAUUACCAAAUUUAGGGACACCUAUGGACGAUAAAAGCAGUGAACCAGGAGAAGGUGGAGGAAAACUUUGUGUUGGAAAAGUAGAGGAACACGACAAGAUUAAGAAUAAGGAAGAAAAGGCAGGAACGAUCAAGAAACAGCUUCAACUUGAUUUGACGUCUCUUGAAACUAACCUCAAUGUGUAA